UCGGUGAAAUGGCGAGAGUUGAUUUGUGCGAGGGCCUCUUUAGGUGGGGAUUGUCUAAAAAUCGCUCUUCUCCCCGUUUGUCGCACGACAGAGUCGAACCGGCUUAUCGCACGCAGCCUCGGCGACGCCGCCUACUCGACAGUGACUUCGGACAACCUGGAGCGCCUGUCGGUUUAUGUGGAGGAUGAGCCGCGUACCACGACUUCCGGCCACGUUGCCAUGGGCGGCAGCGGCAACAAUGUCGGCGGCGGAGGCAACGGCGCGGGAUCCGGCGAUGCCGACCUCGCCAUGGCGACAACUCCGCGGCUCUGUGGCUACGUGACUCGACUGAACGACGCCAUCUUCCAGCCGCGUUUGCACAUCUCCUGUCGACAACCCUUGGCCGGUCGCUACGUCUACGUCGAGGCGAGUGGCAGUUGGCCGAAAGAGUUCGCCGCCGUCCUCUGCGAGUUGCACAAUGUCAUCUUCAUGUGUCUGGUGGUGCCCUCUCGAGAUUACAACAAACCUCCCUUCUACCUCCCAUUCUUCACAUCUGUCUCUCUGCCCGUCAAUCCAUCUACUCGUCUAGCUAUCUACCCCUACAAAUAG